CGCACACACGCACGCACGCACGGAGCAUCCUUCCUCCCCAGCUCUCCGGUCCAGCCCCGCCCGCGCCCGCCGCUUCCCGCAAACCUUCCCCGCUCUCCCCACGCCCCCUCCCCGCCCGCCGCGCGCUCAGGACCCUCCUCGCCGACCUCCGCCCUCCUCGCGGCAUGGAGCCCUCGGAGCCAGCGCGGAGCCCCCCGCGGCCGGGGUGACGGGCCCCCCCAGCGCCCCUCUCCCGCCGCGCCCCCCGCGCCAGCACCAUGGGCCCGAGGGGCUCCCGAGGCGCCCGACGCUGAAGAUGCCUGAUGCUGGAGCCGUCCUGAGUCAUGGCUUCCUCAAAACUCCGAGAACUCACCGAUGAGGUUUUUGACCUGGACUUGGCCGUGCCCGAGACCGCCAGGCUGGACAGCAGUCUACACAAGGCCCGGGCGCAGCUGCUAGCCAAAGGCCGGAGACACCGGCCCUCCCGCUCCCGGCUUCGGGACAGCGCCAGCUCUGCAGAGGAUGGGGAAGGCUCCGAUGGGCCAGGGGGCAAGGUGACGGACGGCUGCGGGAGCCCCCUGCACCGACUGCGUUCGCCUUUGCACUCGGGCCCCGGGUCCCCGGCUGGGGGCUCUUUCUGCCUGGAGCCCCCCGGCUUGCGGCGCAGUCUGGACGAGGACGAGCCUCCGCCCUCGCCGCUCGCGCGUUACCGGCCCCUGCACAACGCCGCCUCGCACGAGGGCCUGGCGGCCGCAUCCUGCUCGCCGCCACGCUCCGCGCCCUCCUCCGACAGCUCGCCCAGCUUCGUGCGCCGCUACCCGCGCGCAGAGCCGCACAGCGAAGAUGACAGCCGGGAUGCCAGCCCACCCGAGCCUGCCAGCCCCACCAUUGGCCUGGACAAGAAGACUCGCCGGAAGUUCCUGGACCUGGGGGUCACCUUACGUCGAGCAUCCACGAGCAAGAGCCGUAAGGAGAAGGGCAGUAACCGGCUGUCCAUGGGCAGCAGGGAGUCGGUGGAGGGCUCUGGCAGAUCAGGGGGCUCCCCGUUCCUGCCCUUUUCCUGGUUCACAGACAGCGGCAAGGGUUCGGCAUCCUCCGGCAGCACCACGUCUCCCAUCUGCUCCCCCAAACACGAGGGCUUCAGCCCUAAGAAGUCAGCUUCGCAGGAAUCCACCCUGAGCGACGACUCCACACCCCCCAGCAGCAGCCCCAAGAUCCCCUGCGGGCCCCGGCAGGAGGACAAGUGCUCCUACCCCUACCACACGCUUUCCCAGUCUUCUGACGAGUUCCUGGAGGAGCCACUCCCUGCUGUGCAUCACUGGACCAGCCAGCAGGUGGGCCAGUGGCUGAGCAGCCUCCACCUGGAGCAGUACGCCGCCGAGUUCGCCGCGCGCCAGGUGGACGGGCCGCAGCUGCUGCAGUUGGACGGGAGCAAGCUGAAGAGCCUGGGGCUCAGCAGCUCCCACGACCGGGCGCUGGUGAAGCGGAAGCUGAAGGAGCUGGCGGCGGCAGCCGAGAAGGAGCGCAAGGCCCAGGAGAAGGCGGCGCGGCAGUGCGAGAAGCUCCGGCGCCGGGAGCGCGAGCAGGAGGCCAAGAAGAGCUAG